GGAUCGAUCCGUGGCAUGGCUCGCCGACUCUGCCGUCUCCCUCGCCUCCUCCUCCCCCUCGCCGCCGCCCCCAAGCACCAGCCCCGCCUCCCCGCCAUCCCCGCCCUAAACCCUAGCCCCGCCGCCCGCCUCCGUCCCUCCUCCUCCCCGACGCCGACGCCCUCGCUCCCCGCCUUCCCCCGCCUCUUCUCCUCGUCGUCCGCAGGCGAUUCCAGCAUGGUGGUCGUAGGCUCCGCGGAUUCCUACGAGGACAUCCACGCCAAGGUGCAAGCUGAGAAGCUCCCCGCCGUCUUCUACUACACGGCGGUCUGGUGCGGGCCGUGCCGGGCGAUGGCACCUGUGAUUGAGAAGAUGAGCAGGCAGUACCCCAAGAUACCUGUCUACAAAGUCGACAUCGACAUGGAGGGACUUGGGACCAGACUUAGUAACCUGAAAAUAUUCUCUAUCCCAACUUUCCACUUCUACCACAAAGGCGAGAAGAGCAGCGAAGUGGUUGGUGCUGACGUGAAGAAGCUUGAAGCUGCCAUGGAAAGUCUUCACAAGUAA